GUUCGCGGCAGUGUGUGUCGCGCCAUGGAACAGACAUGUCGCUCCGGCGCGUGCUGAGUGCGGUGCGCGGCGCGCGCGCGGCCCUCGCGCGGGGCACCCUCGCCGCGGUGGUCAAGUCCAUCGUCUCCGUCGUCAUCAUCUGCUGCCUCGCCGUCUCCUCCCCGCAGUCGGCGUCGGCCAAGCCGUUCACGCUGAGCUUCCCGAGCUGGUCGCUGGCGGGGCUGGUGGGGCGCGAGGCGGGGCGCCGGCCGGGGGUUAAGCCCUACACGGGCCGGCGCGUGGGCAACGACACGCUGCGGAUGAUCUACCACCACGACCAGACGGUCGCCGUCGUCGAGCUAGGAGACGACAAGCUGCUGCUCAACUGCGAGCUCAUCGAGACCAAUGACGAGGAGGACACGGUGCGUCUCCUGGCUCGACUCUCUGUCAUCAACCGGCCGCUCGCCGUCACCUUCCCGCAGAUGAUGCGGCUCAUGGCGCAGUGCCAGCGGGUGGAAGGAGUGGAGUCUCGCUGGGGCGAGACGCGGCGAGGGGUGCAAGGCGGGCGGGAGAAGAAGCAGGUGCAGGCGCGGCUGAGGGCGGGCGGCGCCAACGACGGCCUGCUGGGCGGCAGCCCGCUGUCGCUGCUGCAGGGCAUUAUACCAGGUACAAAAUGGUGCGGAACGGGUGACAUAGCGGCGGACUACCACGACCUGGGCGCGGCGCGGUCGCUGGACCGCUGCUGCCGCACGCACGAUCUCUGCCCCACCAAAGUCCGCGCCUUCUCGCGCCGCUACAACCUCACCAACAACUCGCUGUACAGCAAGUCGCACUGCGCCUGCGACGACAUGCUCUUCUCCUGCCUCAAGGCCACCAACACCAGCGCCGCGCAGCUCAUGGGCCACAUCUAUUUCAACAUAGUGCAGGUCCCGUGCCUCGCGGACGCGCCCUCGGGCCGCCAGUUCCGGGAUGCGAAAGAGGGCUUUUAAGGGGUUAUCUCAAACUCAAAUCAAACAUUGCAGGGAAAAGCGUGACAUAGGGGGAGGUGUACAAAUAGUGGAAAAUGUGGGGUUACUAACGACAUCUACCGCGAGGUAGACGAACUAGUGUAACAGCGCCAUCUGUUGUCGUUUUAGACGAUCAUAUCGUUAUAGUUUGGCUUUAUUUUUAUUUUUUGUAUUCUCUCGAAAGUAUUACUAGUAAACAUUCCGUCGAUUACCGUGUAACGAUCAUAUUUUGUCCUGACAUUAAUUAUUGUAAAUACUUAGAUCAUAUUCGUCGAUGUUAGGAGUUAAUGUAAUACACGACCGUAGCGUUUAGUAUUCGUUUGCACGAAAUGUUAUUUGCAUUUAAAAUGUGUUGUCAAUGGUUUGUUGUGUAGAGAUUGUCUCGGUUAACGUUAUUUAUUGUUAAAGUUAUUAACUAUGUAUCUGUGAUAUGUCUGUGCCUUGAAGUUCAUGUACUAUGAUGGCGCUGAAUAGGGUAAUUAUUGUAAUUCGAUUACAUUUAUGUUUUAAAAUCCAAAUUAUUUAAAAUAUUAUUAUUUAUUAAAGUAUAUUUUUUAAA